AUGAAGAUGGAGGCGGUGGGAAAAGUAGAAGAACUCAUUGACUCAGAAGUCUCACCAAAACUCUCUGAAAAACAAGAGGCAGCUCCUGGUGAAGAUGGACCUAUAGAACUAGACACAUGUGCUCAGAAAGAUGGUGUGCCCAUUGUAGCAGAUUCUGUGGUGCUCUCCUCAAUGCCAUGCUUACUGAUGGAACUGAGACGGGACUCCUCGGAGUCUCAGUUAGCCUCUACAGAGAGUGAUAAGCCAACAGCAGGCCAAAUUUAUGAGAGUGACUCUUCUAAUCACUGCAUGCUUUCCCCUUCUUCCAGUGGGCAUUUGGCUGAUUCAGAUACGCUGUCUUCCGCAGAAGAGAAUGAGCCCUGUCAGGCUCAAGCUCCUGUAGAGGGAGACCCUUCUGGAGUUUCUGGGGCUGCAGUUGGGAGAAAAUCCAGACGAUCCAGGUCUGAAAGUGAAACAUCAACUAUGGCUGCCAAGAAGAAUCGACAGUCUAGUGAUAAGCAGAAUGGACGAGUCACCAAGGUAAAAGGUCAUCGGAGCCAAAAGCACAAAGAAAGAAUCCGGUUAUUAAGACAGAAACGGGAGGCAGCUGCUCGCAAGAAAUACAACCUGCUGCAGGACAGCAGUACCAGUGAUAGCGAUCUGACCUGUGACUCAAGCACGAGUUCAUCAGAAGAUGAUGAAGAGGUUUCAGGGAGCAGCAAGACAAUCACUGCAGAGAUACCAGAUGGACCUCCAGUUGUAGCUCAUUAUGAUAUAUCGGACACAAACUCUGACUCUGAAGUGGUAAAUGUGGACAAUCUAUUGGCGGCUGCAGUAGUUCAAGAGCACAAUAAUUCUGUAGGAAACCAGGACACAGGAGCUACCUGGAGGACCAGAGGUCUGCUAGGGGAACUGAAUGCUGAUACAGGUCAUCUGGAUCCAGGUUUCCUAGCAAGUGAGAGAACCUCUUCUGGCAAUGCACAGAUCAAUGAAGAAAUUAAUAUUGCCUCUUCUGACAGUGAAGUAGAGAUCGUGGGAGUUCAAGAACAUGCAAGGUGUGCCCAUCCUAGGGGAGGUGUGAUUCAGAGUGUCUCUUCCUGGAAGCAUGGCUCAGGCUCGCAGUACAUUAGCACUCGGCAAACACAGUCAUGGACAGCGGUGGCCCCCCAGCAGAAUUGGUCUUCACCCCCAGAAGUAGUUGAUCUCACUUUGGACGAGGAUACCAGACGCAAAUAUCUACUGUAA